GCUGAGCUUCUGAAAAGAACUCUGUCGGCGCCAGAUGGAGAAUGUAGUAACACUUGGCAAGAACUUGGACACUUUAUAUCUUCUCCACUCCUGGACAGGCUUAGCAAUCCAGUGUCACCAUCCUCCCUCAGAGCCCUUCGCCACACAGAUCCCAUAUCCAAACGGGGAGUUCCACAAGGGAAUGGAAACCUCCAUGGGUGCAAAUCUGAGGGCCAGAGAAGAAAGUGUUUACCUGGCCUAUCGCAAUUUUCAAAUGACUCUGCAAUUCCACAUCUCAAUAACAUCAGCCUUGUUUCACCUUUGAGCCCCAGCUCAAUAGCCGCCCUUACCCACCAGCCUUCAUAUCCUUGGAGUAGGUCCCACCAAGUUGCUAGUGAGGUCUUGACUGAAAGCCCCCUACGGCCAAUGAGCCCCAAACCCAACAGUCCUAGGCCAGUAGCUCAACGUAAAAACUUCUGUUAUCCUCACUCAUCAGGGGCCAGUUCUGUGUGUUCUAAAAUUCUGGGUCAGUCAGUGAGCUUGGAAGGGCUGACAGACCCCCCUGAGAGACCUAAAACCCUAAAACCCUCAACUAGCCCUUUAGUUGUCAAUCUCAGUCUUCUGGAUACGGAAGAGCACAGAAUAGACAGCCAGUCACACAUCAGCCUGUAUUCCUUUGGCUUCAUCAGUGAAUUAGAGGGCUCUCAAAAUGUUGGUCGGCCUGCCAGUCAGUCCAGAACAAGAAAGCUGUUGGAGGUGGAAAGCGAAGGGAAGGCCUCUAUUGUUCUUGGCAGGCUGAGGAAUGGCUGCUGGUUGGAUGUGGGCCAUGAAAGAGGUGGCCGGCAGCAAGAGCAAAACUCUUCAGAUGACCUCUGGAUUGAAGAGCAAAAGAAAUACAAACGCAAAUUGGCCAGAGUCAUCAGAGGAAGCCUUGGCCAGCUCAACACACUGAUAUCUGAAGACAUGGACAAAUCUGAUGCUGGAGUCACCUCAGGGCCCAUCAAGGCUUUCAGGGAGAUGCCGCUUAAAGCCCACUUCUUCUCUCAGAGCACUCCCAUUGGACUUGACUGCCUGGGCUGGAGAAGACGCAUCGCCUAUACCUCGGUGGUUAUUCCUGACGGCGCUUCAGAGAAGGCAGGAUUUGGGGAUGAGCUUGGAAGCGAAGAUGAUCUCCUGUAUGAAGACUUUCGCAGUUCUGGACAUCGUUUUGGACACCCAGGAGGGGGCGGAGGGGAGCAGCUAGCCAUCAAUGAGCUGAUCAGUGAUGGCAGUGUGGUGUAUGCUGAGGCACUCUGGGACCAUGUCACCAUGGACGACCAGGAGCUUGGCUUCAAGGCCGGUGAUGUCAUCGAAGUAGUGGAUGCCACUAACAAGGAGUGGUGGUGGGGCCGCAUCAUGGACAGCGAAGGCUGGUUUCCUGCAAGCUUUGUGCGGUUGCGUGUGAAUCAGGACGAGCCGAUGGAGGAGUAUCUGGCCGACCUGGAGGAGGUGCACACCGGUGAGAAGGACCAGGCGGGUCUGGGCCUGUUAUUGGGACCUGGUUUACCCUGCAAAGAGCAGAUGAGGACCAACGUUAUCAAUGAGAUAAUGAGCACAGAGAGAGACUACAUCAAGCACCUGAAAGACAUCUGUGAGGGUCACAUCAAACAGUGCCGUAAGAGAACAGACAUGUUCAAUGAGGAGCAGCUUCGAGCCAUCUUUGGCAAUAUUGAAGAGAUCUACCGAUUCCAGAGGAAGUUCUUGAAAGGCCUGGAGAAGAAGUUCAACAAGGAGCAGCCGCACCUCAGCGAGAUUGGCUGCUGCUUCCUUGAACAUCAAACAGAUUUCCAGAUCUAUUCGGAGUAUUGUAACAACCACCCCAACGCCUGUAUCCAGCUCUGUAAGUUGAUGAAAGUCAACAAGUACGUAUUCUUCUUUGAAGCCUGUCGACUACUCCAGAAGAUGAUUGACAUUUCCUUGGAUGGCUUCCUGCUCACCCCGGUUCAGAAGAUCUGCAAGUACCCACUCCAGCUGGCCGAGCUGCUCAAAUACACCAACCCACAGCACAGAGACUACCAAGAUGUGGAGGCAGCCUUGAACGCCAUGAAGAACGUGGCAAGGCUGAUCAAUGAGAGGAAGCGGCGCCUUGAGAAUAUUGACAAGAUCGCCCAUUGGCAGAGCUCCAUAGAGGACUGGGAGGGUGAAGACAUCCUCAGUAGAAGCUCUGAUCUGAUCUUUUCAGGGGAGUUGACCAAGCUGUCUCAGCCUCAGGUCAAGAGUCAACAGAGAAUGUUUUUCCUUUUUGACCAUCAGAUGGUGUUCUGCAAAAAGGACCUCCUACGGCGGGACAUGCUAUACUACAAGGGUCGGAUGGACAUGGACAACAUGGAGGUGAUGGAUGUGGAGGACGGCAAGGAGAAAGACUUUAACAUCAGUGUGAAGAACGCCCUGAAGCUGCGAUCAGUGGAUGGUGAUGAGGUCCACCUCCUCUGUGCCAAGAAGCCUGAACAGAAACAACGCUGGCUCCGAGCCUUUGCCGAUGAGAGGAGGCAGGUUCAGCAUGACCGUGAUACAGGCUUCUCUCUCACAGAGGUCCAGAAGAAACAGGCCAUGUUGAAUGCCUGUAAAAGCCAUCCAGCUGGGAAACCCAAAGCGGUGACCAGACCCUACUAUGACUUCCUUCUGCGACAGAAACACCCCUCCCUCCCCACAGCUUUGCCCCAGCAGCAAGUUUUCAUGUUGGCUGAGCCCAAGCGCAAAGCCUCCACCUUUUGGCACAACAUCGGGAGAUUAACACCCUUCAAGAAGUAAAAAAAUGAUGACAGAAAUAGAAAGCUGUGGAGACAAAGAAGAGGAGAAAGAGAAGAGCUCUCUGCUCGUGCCUGAACAGACCCUUUUUAAUUCCUCCCCCUUCCUUUCCUAUCGGUAUCAUUGCCCUAAUUGAUAUACUGAUUUAAGGUAUAGAUAAGGAUGAUUAUGAUGAUGGGGAGAUUAUUUUUGAAAGCACUUUAUAGGUUGGUUAACAAUCAAACUAGAGAAUUGUCUCCUGGAGACACUGAGUCAAACAGGGAGCAUGGACUCUUGCUUAACUUGCUACUAUACCUUCAGUCACGCGCAAACUGGUACUAAUACUAUGACUGUACUGCUGCAAGCGAGCAUGGGACUUCUGACUGUGCUGCCUCUAUAAAGACAUUGCCUGUCGACAAAUCCGUGUCGUUCAUUUCCAGUGUUCUUAUGUUUUAUGAUUUGACAGAUGCCAACAGUUCGCAGUGCCAGAUUAUUUUCUUUUGUAUUUGUUUGUUCUAUGUCAAAAAAAGGGAAAAUGAGGAGGUGGAUAACGAUUGAUGUGCAUUUCUCUGUGCAAAUCUAUAGUUUCAGGAUCAUUGCAGCUGGGUUUUGAUGUGUUUUGUGAUCUCCAUCCACCAGGAUAUCUUUCUGUAUUUCCCUGGUGCAUUUGUGGUAUAUCGCAAACAAUUUAUUAAAAAACAACAUAAAUGCAGCCCAAAGAAGAUUGAACUCAUCCCAGAUAAGGAGCUUUUUUAUUGAAACAAACAGCAGCAACCCACACUUUCCAGCAACAGACAUUCCUCGAGUGUGAUCCUCGACUCUUCCUUAUACCUACCAUGUCAAUGAAAGUAAACAACCUAUUCUUUCUUUAUUUUUUAUUUUUUAAGUGCCAUUUGAAGUGUGCCAUGGAUGACUUACAAUGACAUGCAUGGAUGUGAUGAAAAAUACUGUGAAGAUAAUUUUUUGUAUCUUUGAAGAAUCCAGCUCUAUUUAACCAGAUUCAGGAAACUGAUGACUUUAUUGUACUACUAGGCUGACGGCAUCUUUCUCUCUCUCUCUCUCUCUCUCUCUCUCUCUCUCUCUCUCUCUCUCUCUCUCUCUCACAAACACAAACACAAACACACACACACACACACAUACACAAACAGACA